UCCUAUCAACAAGGUCAGUGGUGUCCAGGUUUGUUGUUGGGUUGGAGGAACCAACAGACUAGGGUAUCUCUUCUGGCAGGGUUCUGGAAUUGGGAGAACAAUGUGGCCAAGACCUCAGCCUCCAGGAAGGGGUAGGUCCACGGGAGAUCAGGGAUCCCAGGGCGCUGACUUGAUUGAAAUGAGAAAGUGAAACCCCGGAAAGGUUGAAAAGCCCUCUUCCCUUUUCUUAAGUUGCUACCAAGCAGAGCGGAAAGUCCCAGACCCCGGCCCUCUCAAUCCUCCUGACAAGCAGGGCAAGGAACAGAAAGAAGGUUCUAAGCCUGUCCGGGGAGUCCAGAGUGAGCAGGACCCAUGGAGAAGUUCAAGGCGGUGCUAAACCUGCACCUGAAGCACCACAACGCGCUGGGCUAUGGCCUGGUGACCCUGCUGACGGCGGGCAUGGAGAAGAUCUUCUCGGCCGUGGUGUUCGAGUGCCCGUGCACCGCCGCCUGGAAUCUGCCGUACGGCCUGGUGUUCCUGCUGGUGCCCGCGCUGGCGCUCUUCAUCCUGGGCUACGCGCUGAGCGCGCGCACCUGGCGCCUGCUCACCGGCUGCUGCGCCUCGGGCGCCCGCUUGCGCUGCUGCUGUCGCUUGCGCAGCGCGCUGGUGUGCGCUCACAUCAGCUGGGCCGCGGCGCUCGCGCCCGUCACCUGGGUGGCCGUGGCGCUGCUCGGAGGCUCCUUCUACCAGUGCGCGGCCAGCGGGAGCGUGCACCUGGUGCGGCGCCUGUGCGCAGGCCGGGAUUCCAGCUGCGCUGCCCAGAUGCCGCUGGUUCCCUGCCAAAAGGCCGAGGCCAAGGUGCAGGACAUCCUGACCGAGCUCAAGGCUCAGUCGCAGGUGCUGGGCUGGAUCCUGAUAGCAGCGGUCAUCGUCUUCCUUACGGUUUUCACAUCUGUCAGCCGGUGCCUCUCCCCGGUUAGUUAUCAGCAGCUGAAAUUCUGGCGGAUCUAUUCGAAAAAGGAACGCGAGAUCCUGAAGAGUCAAGCCACAGAGCAUGCAACUGAAUUGGCAAAAGAGAACGUUAGAUGUUUCUUUGAGGGCUCGGAUCCCAAGGAAUGGAAUACACCAAGCAGGAAAGACUGGGAGCAAAUCUCGUUGCUGUAUACAUUCAAUCCAAAGGACCAGUUCUACAGCAUGCUGCACAAGUAUGUGAACCGAAAGGAGAAGAAUAACAGUCUCGGAUCUGCUGAGGGAGAUGCAGUGAUCCCUGUCCUCCACUUUGUAGAUGCCUCUGAUAUAAGCAACGGUCCUUAGUUUUGACCUUA